AUGGAGAGAGACCGGGGAUUUAACUUCAAACUGCUGGUACCCUCCUGGGGGAGUAGCGGACAGGUAUCUGCAGUUCGACCUCUAGAGAUGGUUGAGAGCUGCGGUGAUUUCAUGAAUUCGUUGCAGCAGGGUCACAGUAAAGGUUUUGAAAAAGAGCAGAGCGUGCCUUUUCCCAUUACAAGUAUGGUUACACCAACUAGACCAGAACUCCCCAGGAUGAAAGCUGUGCCACCAAUGGAAAAGGGCGAGAAUAAUUGCAGUCCUGGGCAGCUGUAUUCCAAGCUGUUUGAUGAAGUUGAGAAAAUUAAGUGUUGGAAGGUAAAAGCUGACUCUGACGCUGUGCAAAGGGAAAGGAAACUCCAAGAAAACAAAAGAACAAUUGAAACUCAGCGCAAAGCCAUUCAAGACUUGCAGUUUGGAAAUGAAAGUCUCAGCGUAAAGCUGGAGGAACAGAUCAGUGAAAAUGAGGAUUUAAGAAACAGAAACAACGGCACAAGGAACUUGUGUAAUAUACUCAAAGAUACUUUCCAGCGGUCAGCUGAGAAAAUGCAUUUAUUUGAAUCCGAAAGAGAAGAAACACAUCACCUCUUUAUGGAAAAUAGUGGGAGUAUUAAGAAAAUGAUCGCAUCAUUUGAAAGCCUUCGUAUUCAAGCAGAAGCUGAUCAACAAGAGUUGCAGAAAGUCAGAGAGGCCUUGCUGCAAUUUGAAGAUCUAAAAGAAAAAUAUCAUCAAGAAUAUAAGAUGAAAGAGAAAGAGGUUGCAGUGCUUCAAACUAAAAUGAAGGAUAAGGAAAAUGAACUACAACAACUCCUGCUUGACCUCCAUGAAAACCAGAAGCAAUGCAAACAGCUUCAAGAGGCAACAAAUGAACAAUAUGAACUUCUAAAAAGCUCAAAGCAGGAACAAGAAUUCCUUCUUCAAAGACUGAAUGCUGCAGAGCAACACUGUGAAGAAACUGAGAAAAAUUGUGACGCUAUUGCUGCAAUGUUGGCCCAAAGCAAAGAAGAAUAUGGAGAGACGAUUCAAAACAAAGACUUGAGCUUGCAGGAGCUCACUAGAGUUAAAAAUCAGCAAGCAGACAAGCUGGAGGAGAUUCAGACCACCAUUCAGGAGCUACAGAAUUCACUGGCAUUGGAGAUACAGAGGACCAAGGAGCUUGAGGAUAAUCUUAUGGCAAACAACAAAGAACUUGAAAGGAGAAACACACUUUUAGGAGAGAGCAUAGAGCAGAGGGCAGAGAAAGAUAGGCAGAUCAAACUCCUUGCAGAUGACCUGGAUAAAACAUCUAAAUCCAUUGAGACCAUGAAGGCUAAGAUUGAAAUCACUGAACUCAGAGUGGAGGAACUUGCUGUUGAGCUGUCAAGAAAAACUGAAGAAGUCCAGCUAUUUAAGAAUGAAGCAGAGAUUGAGAAAGUAGAACAGGAUCGACUUAAAAAGACUUGUGAAGCUGCUGAAAAUGCACAAGAAGACUUAAAGGAGAAGGCCACAGUGACAGAGAUCAAAGUGCAAGACCUGGAGGAACAACUGAAUACUGAAAUAACAAAGAAUAAAGAACAAACCUGUCAGAUGGAACAACUGAGGAAAGACUUCACGCAGCAGAAAGUGAAGUACAAAAAGCUUGUAUCCACCUUUAACGAGCUGCAAUGUGAGAAGACAGCCAUUCAACAGCAGUUUGAGAGUGGAUCUUCUAAUGUGAAAACUAUUGAGGCAAACAUGAAGGUGAGUGAGCAGAAGGUUGGGCAGCUCACAAGAGAAAUUCAAAGACUGGAAGAAGAAAAACAAUGUUUACGAGAGGAAUUAAACUUCAAUAAAACCAAAAGCCAAGGGGCAUAUCAGGAAACAGAGAUUCUGCAGAAGAAAAUUGAAGAAAAUUGUGAACAUCUGCAGGAGAGAAUUGCAGAAAAAGAAAAUUUGAUCAAAUCUGUGGAAACAAAGCUGUGCAAUCUCAGGAAAAAGUUUGAUAUUAAACUUAAAGCCCAUGAGGGAUGCCAGAAAGAGAAUAAAAUGCUUAAGAAACAAAUAGCAAAGGAGAAUGCGAAAUCCAGUCAAUUUGAAAUGGUGAUCAAUGGUCUUCAGGAGGAGUCCCAGAACCUCAAAAGACUGAAAGAAGAAGACCAUCAGAAAUGGCUUCAGGAUCUUGAGUCCAAAUCAUCCUUUGCAACAGAGCUUGAGAAUGAGCUAAAACAACUCAGAUUAACAGCAGUAGAGGCCAUCAAGAACAAGGAAGACACAGAACUCAAGUGUCAACACAAGAUUGCAGAUAUGGUCGCACUUAUGGAGAAACACAAGAGCCAGUAUGAUCGGAUGGUUCAAGAAAAGGAUGCAGAGCUUGAUGAGUACAAGAGAAAUCAGAUGGAGGCCGCUGCCUCGACGAAAUCUCUGGUGGCGGACCUCACAAACAACAAGGCAGAGAAUGAUCAGCUGACGAAACAGCUGAAGACAGAAAUAACAGAGAAGGAAAACAUGCAGAAGGAGCUGACUGACUUGAAGAAAGUAAUAUCGUCAACAAAAUGCACUCAGCUGUCAGAAGCGAGGAACAAGCAGUCACCUGCCUCAGACUAUAAACAGAGAUGUUCAAAGACCCCAAAAGACGGCUCUUCAAAAAGACACACGUUUGACUUCUCCGAGGCCAAGAAAACUCUCUCCCACUCCCAAACUGCAUCUAAGAAGAAGGCUGUGAGUCAAAGUGACACCGAAUCCAUCAGAACAUCGUGUGGAACAACCCCAAAGACCAAGGAAAUUCACAAUGAAGACCUGAAAACCCCAACAUGUUCUGCCAACAGAGUUGGCGGAACAUCAAAGAUCAAAUCGUACAGAAUCAGGACUCCUCCUGCGGCUGAAAAGGCAGCACUCUGGGGGAAGGGCAGUAUCGAGCUUGACCCCAAGUCUGACAGCUCUGAUCAAAGUGAUCUCUUGACCUUUGCAAGUGCAACUGCACCCAGUUUCUCUGCUCCACAAUGCAAACCUAACAUCUUCAAGAAGAUUCAGAGCCCGGUCGCUCAUAAAUCACCAGGGAACUCCUUGAAGUUAGCUGCGAUGAAAAGAAUGAGAGAUGCUGGUUGGACUGCUGUUACUGGCUGUGACAAAAAAAAGAGGACAACCAAUGAGAAGAUCUUCGCAUAAAUAGUGCUGUUACAGGUCAGAUAGAGAGUUAUCAUAAUAGACGGGUUCAGAUGUUCAUUUUCCAACUUUGUUAACGUACAUAUUUCCACUGUUAGGGAUCAAAUACACAGUAUUAAUGAUAAUAACGUGCCAAUUUGUUUCUUGACAUGCAUAGAAAGUAGUGUUAUGGAUCAGUUAAACUAUAUUGUUCACAAGAAAAAGAUUUAGGUGUUUUUGUUGGUUUACUUUACUGGUGACUUUACUGGUGUUCAAAUGCAUUCAAAUUUGUUACGCACAAGUUUAUAUUGUUGGUGUCGGAAAUGGUUUAUUUAUGUACUACUAACUUAAUAUAUUUACGUUUCCUAAUAUUGACAGUGAGAUAAGUCAAAUAAAUGUUC